CGAGACAAUCGAAAAAUCCCACCAAAAGCAAGUCGGGCCAGCCAAACCUCGAGUCCAUCCAUUCCGUUGCUCUCAUUCUAUCCCCUCGUUCUGCUUCCCUCCCUCUCCUCCUCCACCCACCCACGCCUUCCCCUCUUCUUCCCCCGACUCAUCCAUUCUCCUUAACUCCGUCAAGAUGGGUGUCACCUUCGACAAGUGCGAGACCCGCCCGGCCAACAUUGACGCCAUCCUCAAUGGCCUCGACCGCUACAACCCCGAGACCACCACUGUCUUCCAGGACUAUGUCGCCCAGCAGUGCGAGGACCGCACCUUCGACUGCUACGCCAACCUGGCCUUGCUGAAGCUGUACCAGUUCAACCCCCACCUUCUCCAGGCGGAGACCGUCACCAACGUCCUCGUCAAGGCCCUGACUGUCUUCCCCUCUCCCGCUUUCUCCCUCUGCCUUGCUCUCCUCCCCGCCCACACUCAGCCCUUCCAGGCCUCCGACGCUGAGGCCCAGGCCGCCGCCCAGACCUCCGACUUCGUCGAGUCGAUCCAGAAGCUCGCCCGUCUCUCCACCCUCCUCGAGUCUGCUCAGUACACCCAGUUCUGGUCCACCUUGAACUCGGACGACCUGUACGCCGACCUUGUUGCCGACGUUGCCGGCUUCGAGGAGCUCGUGCGCAUCCGCAUUGCCGUCGAGGUCGGCAAGACCUUCCGUGAGAUCCCUGCCGAGGUUCUGGAGCAGUGGCUCGACCUGCGCAGCCGCGAGGCUCUCGAGAAGUUCGUCGCUGAGGUCUGCAGCUGGGAGGUUGACAAGUCUGGCGCCAACACCGUGAUCAAGGUGCCCACCAACAAGGAGAACGAGGCCCGCAGCGAGGUCAAGAGCGAGCGCGUCGGUGUUGACAUGUUCGGCCGUGUCAUCCGCCGGGGUUUCGAGCAGGCUGCAUGAGCGGAUCUCAACGAUAAAUAGAUAUCCGCAUCGCAACGCAGCCUUUCUCGUUCUAGAUUCCCUUUCUAUUCUUGCUAAUAUUUUGCCUCGAACGAAGAUUAGACCUUCCCCAAGGUCUUGAUCUCGGUCUGUCUUGUUUGGAAGAAUGACCACCCGAAAAGAAAAGUUUCAAAAGAAGAACACGGGACGAAGUGUCUGCUUCGGAUACCCCCCAUGACUUGAGCUCGGAGCCUCUUAUAACACAAUCAAAAAAGAUGAUGAUGACGGGGAUAGACCAGCAUGGGAGAGGGUUGGGAAGUCCGGACCUGGCGCAAUUGGCGUUUCGAGUUUUGCUUCUGCAUGACUAGGUUGUGUUUUAUCAUCAUCAUCAUCUUUUUUCUCUUUCCUCUUCCAUCUUACCUCCUAUAUCAUUUUUUACCUCCUUGAUUAUCCUCUC